UAUUGGCCAAAUACCAAUGCAACUAACAAUCAAUCUAAUGUUGUCUUCUGAUGUUUUAGUCAGAGUACUAAAUAUAGAUGUCCUGAUGUAGAAUGUGAAGGUCAUCAUGGAAACCAAUUUAUCAGAGUUCAUGUCACAGGUGCAUCUGAAACACAGACAAUAAGGAGUGACUUCAGCUGUACCUUUUGUUGGAGACGUUUGGAAGAAGAGAAGUCAUGUAGAUAUUUAUCGGAAAAGAUGGUUAUAGAAGUAAUUCCUGAUAAACUUUACUCAAGUGGUGCAUCAAACAGUUACAGAAUCCAAGCUAUUCCUGUAUAUUUAAGAGAUGACAUAACAAGAGGUGUUGAGUUGGGAGAGAAAUACAACGUGAUCGGACUUAUAAGGAAAGAUAUAAUGGGAGAAAACAUCAUGUUAACUAUAGAGGCAAACAACAUCAUGAAGGUGACCUCUGAGACCAUACCUAAAAUUUCCACUGAAAUUCCAAAGAUCAUCACAGAUUUAUAUGAAGACUGUAAGUCAUCACCAUGGAGCUUUGUGCUGAACUUAGCCUACUCUUUUGCUGAUCAGAUUUGUCCACCUGGAACAUACAUCAGAUUGAAGAUGUGUAUACUGUUGAGCUUAGUAACACUAUUAGAUAAACAGGAGAGCAGUUACCCCUUACAUUUGUUAGCUGUAGGACAGGAUACUAUCCUUAUACACAGGUUAUUGAUGUAUGGUAAACAAUUUGCAGUUAAAACAUGUAAUCAUACUUCAUCCAAUCACAUGUCAGGAAAAGUCACAUGUGACAAGUAUGAAAGUUCCCCAUACUUCAUUGAGGCUGGAUCAUUUCAUUUGGCGAAGAAUGGUGUUUGCUAUAUUGGGGAUGUAGAAAGAUAUAAAAAAUCUGCAAAGGAACAUAUUCAGUCAGCUUUAGGGCAAAGGAAGUUUGCUGUUGAUAUUAGCAGUAGAUAUACUGGUGGGUUGCCACAGCAGUUAGAAGAGACACUGUCAUGCCAUGUAUGGGGAUACACACAACCUAUCAAACAAAGACAAAGUAAUGAUCCAUUCCUUGGACAAGAUAUUAAUAAUGGUUCAAAUACAUUUCUGGAAUGUUUUAGUGUGGUACACUUUACAGACUUUGGUCCUAGUAAUACCAAUGAAAAAGUUUAUUUACUAUGUGCAUAUCAUCAGUUGACCUUAUCCAUGGAACAUAACUUUAAAUCUAAGAUCUCAGAAGAGAACUUCCAUAAGUUUCUCAGAUAUGUGAAGGCUUCAUGUCCUAAAAUGACUGAAGAAUGUGAAAGUUUGUUACAUGGAUAUUACUUAGCCAGUAGGAAAACAAGAAGUUCUGAAAGUAACUCUAAAGUACCUGUUUCAGCUCUGAAAACAUUAUAUUCCCUUUCAAUGAGUCAUGCAAGACUUAGUCUGAGAAGUGAAAUAGCAGUCGAAGAUGGUUUAAUGGCUAUUUGGAUCUAUGAAGAGUCAUUAACGGAAAGAUUAGGGUGCCAAAGAUGAACGAAUGCAGUAAAUUUACAAAAGGAGUAAAAUUUUCCUAGUAAAGGAAACCUUCUGCUGGUCGUUAUAUUAUGAAUGAGCUUCAUAUGCAUCUGUUGUCGUUUCAGACUACGCUUCUCGUUCAAAACAGGAACCUAAUUCAUUUUUAAAUUAAAAUCGUAUUGAGGACAUUUCAAUGGUGACUGCAAAAGAUAUAUAUACAUAUAUAUAUAUAUAUAUUUGAUAAUAAAAGAUUUUAUUUACACCAAGGAUUUGUAUAUGUAUACACAUAAACAAUCUUACUUUUAAAUUGCCAUCUCUUUACCCCAGAAUAAAAAGACAAAAACCGCUACAAAUGAUUAAAAGACAAAAACCACUACAAAUGAUUGUCUCGUGGAAACAAGGUUAUAAAAUACUUUUUAAAUAGUGUCUUCCGUGUUGCUUUGAUGUAUGACCUGUGUUUUUUUUAUAGAUUUUUUGUUGCUUCGAGGACACACAUAUCCAUCUAUGUAUGCAGUAUUGUCAAUUGUUUUUGUUGGUGGGUCUCUCGCUUAUGUUUUCGUCCUUUUCACUAUCAACAAAGAGUUCGUUAUCAGUUUAUUCAACUAGGAGUAUAUCUAAGUUGUAACUAUUAAGAUUGUCAUCCCACGAAAUUAAGAUUGUCAUCCCACGAAAUUAAGAUCGUCAUCCCACGAAAUAAAAUCGGAAUUUUCCAUAUUGCGUGCACAUGAAUGAAGCUUUAUUCAAAUGAGAAAUUAAUUGUAAUUUUCUUAAAUAUUAAUUCUCAAUACACACUUCGAACAUGAAGAAACCAUAAAUUUACCGACAAUCAUUUAAAAAAACAACUCAAUGCAAAAAAACUGUCAAACAACACUUAGAAAUCAAACAUUUACCGACAAUCCUACAGAAAAAAAAUUUCAAUGAAAGCCCAAUAAAUGAGGAAUAUAAAAAUAAAUAAAAUUUUAAUAAUUUAUAAAUAUCAAGAAUAAAAAACAAAGCCUAUCAUGAUUAACAAUUAAUUAACAAAUAAAUUAAGUUUUUUUCCAUAUUAAUUAAUUAUACAUUUUGUGACUUGUAUUUUUGGAAAGAGUGUGGACACCUGUGGUGUGACAACUUCUUGUUUACAAGGUGUCAAUUAAAACUCAUUAUUUAUAACAUGUUCGUGAUUUACCUGGUCAUCGAAUAAUUCAAACCUAAUAUACAUGUCACACUGUGAAAUUAUGUCUCCGAGACAGGUGUAUAUUCAAUAGAAACCCAUUAUGUAACUAUCAAAUAAAAUGAACUCUGACACAAUUUAUCAAGUGUUAAUUAUUUAAUAUCAGUUUUUUUUUUAUACAAUAUCAAAUUAUGUCUCUUUUUCAAUAAUACAAAUCUAAAAUCAAAAUUACAUUAAAAUAAAUAAUUAUAUAUGUACUCAAAUUAUAUUUAAUUAAUUAUGAUAAAUUUAACACUGAAACAGUUUAUGUUAUGCUUAAACAUUCGUCCUUACUUCGAGUACUUUUAAUACUUUUAUUAAUGACUUUAUUACCUAAGGAGAACUCGCGAGGUUUAACUAGUGGCCGCGUGUUAUUACGGGAUUUCGCUGAGUUGCGAAUCUCUUGAAUUAUAUGUCUCUGAUAAUAGGUAUGUCAGAAUUAUUGAUAGAUGUCGUGUCAGAGCGACACAUUCAGUUAGGUAUUCCAAGGACGUAUAUUAGAUACACGUCCCUGGGUAUUCCAGUGACAUCCUGUCAACUAAAAAUUCGUAAUACACAAUUAUAUAAUACAUGUUCAUGCAUGGCCUCUUUAUUGAGGUACCCG